CACCCUCUCCUAUAAAAGGGAGGGUUGCCCUAAUUGUUGGGGGGUGCCAAUUUCACUCUCCUCCCUGCCAUUUAUUCUCUCUCUCUCUCUAGAGCACCUUUGUAUUUUAUUUCUUCAAAGAAACUUCAAGCUUCCAUUAAUGGCUUCUACGCCUAAAUUAUGUACCGUGUACACACCCCCGAUAUUAAUAAAAAUCCCCCGUUGGCAAGGUACCGCCAAAAAAGGCCCGUGGUUUUCUCCCGAUUUGGGUUUCCACGUCAAAAUCCCCGUGUUUAUAUUUUGGUGUAUUUUUAGACUAGUUUAUCGUUUUAGCCGGGCUAAAACGGUAUACCGGUCGAUAAUUUACACCAUCAUUUUGGCGCCGACCGUGGGACACGAACAAAAAGCUUCAUCUUUGUUCGGCCAUCUUGCACAGCCGAAAGUGUGAGAAACAAAAAAAGGAGGAGAGUAUGAAGCUUUUCUUGAAUUUUGCAAAAAAACAAGAAGAGGGAGAGAUCUUGAAGAAAAUAGGAAGAAUGGCCAGAGGAGCACCACCACGAUUCUAUGGUGAUAGAUGUCCUUGAUCUCUCGAAGCCACCAUUUUGCCACAGGGACGGGAGCCACCGCCGCUGCAAUCCACCUCGCAACCUCCGAUGAGGAUAGCCGCGGUUAAAAUCCAAAGUCAUUAUCAAAUAGAGGAAGUUGAUUGCUGCCACCGCUGCUCAAAUCCGCCGUCGCUGCCGCUGCUCAGAUCCGACGCUGAUGCUCAGAUCCGCCGCCGCCGAUGCGCAGACCUGUCGCCGCCGAUGCUCAGACCCGCCGCUGCCGAUUCUCAGACCUGCCGCUGCCGAUGCCCAGAUAUGCUGCCGCCGCUGCUUGGAUCCGCCGCCGCCACUUCUCUACCUCAUUUUCACUCUCCUCUCCGACUGCAUGCGUCAGCACAACCACUGACGAGGCGACGGUGCUCUACUCAUGGAUUCACUCCUCUGCUCCUCCGCUGCAUCCCCUGUUCUUUUACUGAAAGUUAGAACCCAUUCAAUGCGAAUCCCUGCAGGUGGGAUUUCAUCACCUUCAACUCGUGGAUUUAAUUUUUCUCCGAGAUUAGCAUAGAAGCCGUUGAGGUUGAGCUCCAAUGGCCGAAAAGGCUCUCAUCUUUUGCCAAUCUGAAAAAGCUUGUUAUUUCUUCGAUGAACAUCAAGGGGACUGUUUCGACUCGGAUUGGGGACUAUUCGGAGCUUGCUCUCGUCAAUUUGAGCUCGAAUAGUCUCACGGGAUCACUACCUGCUUCAUUUAGGUAAGCUGCACCGCCUGCACAAGCUCCAAGUACUGUCUAUCUACUAUACUUUGCUUUCCGGCGAAAUCGGGCGGGGGUUGAGUAACUGCUCCGAAAGUCUCACACUCCCACCGAAGGAUGUUGUACUCCAUUCACCGUCCUUUCACGCUAUUGAAGAGAUGGGUCAGAAGUUUCCAUGUUCUAUGUUCUUUCCAACCGUGAGAUACAUAAAAUAAAAGUGGGGAUAGAAACGAGGAAUCCAAUGUUUGAGAUGGAAGAGGAUGACAACAAAGUAAGGCAAACAAUUUAUGUGGGUCUAGUGAAGGACGAAAAGGACGCUCCGCAGGAAUCACAACCAGUGAGCUAAAUUGCUCAUCACAUAGAUACAAAGUGCAAUUAUUCCUGCACCAAGAGGUAUCACGUGAAGAAGUGGAGUAUAACAAAAGUGCUUGUCCAAGUUUGUGGCCCCCCCUAAAAUAAUUAGUGAGAUUUGGUGAUACAUCACCACAUGCAGAACGUGAGGAAGGGUGGGUGGAUAACCCAUUUGGCAAGAGUGAUUUAAGGCUUGGUGGGACCAAGUUUACAAUGGAAGACUGGGACACAGGCCCGGACCUGGCACGCCGGUUACUACACCGGUCUUGCUCAGUAUAAAAUAAAAAAUAAUAAACCCAGAAGAGGGGCCCGGAAGAGCGUAUGCCUGCAAGAGGGCUGGACCUGGAAGAAGGUUCGAACCGUACUUACACGGGCCCAUGAGGUUUGACUGGUGUCGGGGAAUCAGCCGGCGCCGUCAAAUUGAUUGGGGACUAAAAGAUGCCCAUUAAAAGAAAUAGAAGGGGAUCGUCCACCGUGGCGCAUCCUGUUUCCCCCUUCUCAGGGAAGACUUGAACGGGGGGUGAGCUAAGGCCUUCCCGGGAUAGUAAAUAUCAAAGGGCCAUUAAAAGACUUAAUCACCCGGAAGAGGGGGCCCUGGAAGAAGGGUGCAUUUUGGGCCUUGGAGAGGGCUCGAAACCAUCCGACAUGGUUAAUUCUCCAAUGUUGACCUGGCCCGGCCAGCAGCAUUAUCUUAUUGGAAGACUGAGACACAGGCCUGGCCUGACACGCUGGUUACUACACCGGUCUUGCUCAGUAUAAUAAAGAAAAUAUGUGACCCAGUCGAACUGGUAUACUGGUCUCACACCAGUCUUACACAUAUUUUCUAAUAAGCCUGAGCCCAAUCGAAUUGGGUACACCGAUUGCACAUCGGUUUCAGCAAAAAAGUGAGCAAACUCAUAUCGGGGACGCCCGAUUCAUUUAAGCCCUCAAUCUGAGGCACUUUGAUCGAAGAUGGUCUCCGCGAGACAUGAAGAUAUUUACAUCAGUCAGCCAGGCUAACGCUGAUCUUCAACAAAGCUACCGCAUAAGAUUCAAUUCUUAUUAACUAAGGUCAUUGUCAUCGGUAUACUAAUUUCGUCACGCAUCGUUUGCUUGACUCGUAUUAACACCGACCUCGACGAAAUAACUUUUCGAAGCAUCG